AUGCCGAAAAAAUUGGUGAAAAUUGAAAAUUCAGAUGGUGAUCCAUCAAAAUGGCCCGACACAACUACAAUAAAAUUAAUAAAUAGCACUCAUAUACAAAUUUUUUACGAAUUAGAUAAAAACUCUUACGCAUAUAGUACUUGGAUGGAAGUACUUGGUGAUGCAAUAGCAAAAAAAAUAAAAUCAAAAGAGAAGUUAGUAUUAGAUCAAUUACCAUAUGGUUAUAAAUUAUUUGUUCAAUACAAAUAUUCAACAAAAAUAUCGCCAAAAGAAUUACCUAUGUGUUGUCGCACCAUAAAAGAUGGCGAUGAGUGUAUAGAAAGAACUGAUGUGUUUGUUUAUGGAGACCCUAGAGGCUUUAGGUUUAGAUCAAAACAUGAAUUCAUGCCACAUUGCUUGUGGCUUUAUUUUAAUAGAAAAAAUAGUUGUAAUUGUAAUCAUUGUGAUAAAGACGCCCAUCAAAAACGUAAAGAAGAUAUAAGAGCUAGUAGGUUAUUGGUUCGAUUUAGUAAACAAAAGUUCGACACAAAGAUUCCAAAGAAAAUUAAAAAAAUCAACGAAAAUAUUGACAAUAGCACAUUAUCAUCCAUUUUAAAUGAUUCUAAAUAUCGUCGUGGUGAGAUCGUUUGGGUUUCAGAUACUAUGCUAAGAUUUAAAUCAUUUUCUCAGGAUCAUCGCAAUUAUAGUGUUUAUUCUGCAGGGUUCUCGACAUUAUCAAAUCAACAUCAAUUAGACAAUUACAGGUACCUGGUAAAACUUUUGGUAAUAAACAAAUAUUACGAAUAUCCUACUUUUGCUAUAUCUCCGUGGCUCUCGGUGGAUUGUGAGGAAUUAAUAUUUAAAUAUUCAAGUGAAAUUUAUUCUUCACAAAUUUUAAAAGCAAUAUUGAUUUGCACCAAUGUUCAAAAACAUUAUACAAUGGGAUUAGUUUAUAAUUACAUUGUUAAUUAUAAAGAGCUAGAUUCAGUUAAAGAUCCUGUUCAAAAACAACGAAUUAUUAAUGCGAAAAAUUAUCCACAUUAUAGUGAAAUAUGGUUUGGAACCGAAAAAAUCAAAUUGCCAGAUAACCGAAUUCAAUUUACUGGAGAUAUUUAUACGCUUAAAAAUUCAGAUAUAAAAAAUAAUGAUGAUGGUGUGGUAAAUGGCACAGUUAUAAUUGGCGAUAAAAUACACAGAAAAUUAAAAAUUGGAGAUCAUGUGUACAUAUCAAAGAAUUAUAUUCAAGAAGAGUAUACUGUUGAUUUAGAGGAUAUUGCCGGACGGUUUUAUCCGAAUAUGGAUCCAUUUACUAAAGUAAUGAACGUCAAGGAAGAAAAGGCCUCAAGAGAAGAAUUAUUUGAUAAAAAUAUCGAUCAAACUAUUGUUGUUGCUGAUAAUGGAUUAACUUCUUCUUUCAGUAAAAUAGACAAUAAAUGUUUUAUGGAUAAUAAUUUGUCUAAUAAACAAAUGCUGUCAUUAUCAAUCGGUUCCACUAAGAUUUAUAAAAGUGAGGAUGAUGAAGAUGCCACUAUAACUGAUGAUGAUAAUAACAGUAUGAAUGAUAAAACUGAUAUUAAAGAAUCAAUAAUUUCACCAUCACAAGAAUAUCGAGGUUAUGAAUCAGAAGAAAAUGAUAUUCCUUUUUCUUAG